ACACGGGAGUGUCGAUUUACUUUAUUUUAAAAAAUAAUUUAGAAACAAGUGAGUUUAUUCAUUUUGAAUAUUUGAAAGUGCGUUGUUGAAGUGAAGUGUACAUUAAAAAUGUUGAAAACGGAUAAAUAUUAUUAUUCUGAUGCAAUGUUUCAGUUGGAGAUAAAUCUUCACAAAGUGCGGAGAGAACUCAUAACCAUGUUAGAGUUCUACGAACAGACAGACUGCGAGAAAUGUUCGCUACUGAAGUGUUCAUGUACCAAAGUAGACGCACAAUCUGCCAGCGAUAAAUCAAACAACAGAAGCGACAAAAGAAGUACAACCAAUAAUACACCUUGCUCCAAACAAGUUAGAGAUCAAAAUCCUCCAACAUCGGAAGUUCUAUCUAAAACAAAGCGGGAGAAAAGUGACCUCAGUCCAGCACCAUCUACGCCAGAGAAGGUAACUGUUGCUAAAGACAUAGAAGCUUGGAUGGAAUCGUCCAAGAAACCAGACUACAAUGAAAAAGUAGUUUUUACAACUAAAAAAUCUCUAGUUACCAUAGAAAGCGUCAGGCCGGCAGACUUACCUCUAAAAACUCUUCAAAAAUCAAAUGUUAUAACUACUCCAAGUAUUUUAACUAAUAAUUAUAUGAAUAACCUAAGUCUGUUAAAUAGUACCAGUGCUGUGAAUAAUCCAACUUUGGAAGCCUUUUUCAAAUAUUUCAAGCACCAAAUGAACGAUACGCAAGUAGUUUAUAUGUCUGCCAAACUGGCUACAGCUUGCAAGAACCAAAUGAAGCAGAAUUAUAGUUAUUUUUAAUAUUACAGAGACAUAGUGUUACUUUAAAAUAUUAAUUCUAUGGUAAUCAUUUUUAUAAUAACUUUAAUUACUGACAUAGUUAACAUAAAGAUCAAUAGUUAUAAUAAUAUAUUUAGGAUAGUUAUAUAUAUAGUUUAUUUUAAACGUAUAAUAGUUUUUUUAUAUUAUUUAGUUAAAAUUGACUUUUAUUUAAGAAUUAUUUCUUAUGACAAAGAAAAAUAUAUCUUUAAUAUUUUCAGAUAAGUCUUACUUCUACUUAAUAAGGGUAACUUUAAAAAGGUUAUUAGAUCAUAACCUGUAACUGAUUUCAUACAUUUUGUAUGGAUUUAUUUUUUUGACCUUCUACUAGUAAUUAACAUGAAAUGUAGUAAAACAGUUGCAGGCAAUUGAAACGUCUCAAAUUGUUCAAAGUAAAAUGUUUACUAUACUUUUUUACCUAAUAUUAUAUAACUAACAUAGUCUUAAAUUGCAAUAUUACUUAGUUUCUAAUAAUUUUAUUAAUAAUGAAAAUAUAUUUUUACGUUAAGCGAAUACAUAAAAAAUUAUACAUGACAAUUUAUAAUGAAUAUUUCAAUAUCAUAGUUUUAUAGCAUACUAAUUAUCACAUUAACAAGUCUAAAUUUAUGUGAAGUCUAAAAUAAAAUCUAAAACCUAAUUAAGGCUUUGUAAUUUCUCGAUUAAGACAGUUUUAUUUAUGUAAUUUAAGAAAUUAUUGGAUUGUACAACUAAAGAUUUCUUUAGUUCAAUAAUCAAUCAUUAGGUCAAAAUAUACUUAUCGAAAUAAUGAUUAACAGAGACAGAUUUAUCUACUCUUUGCAGGAAUACUUACAUAAUUUUUAAUCACUUAUGGAUUAACCAUAACUUAUGGAGAAUUUUUUAAUUUAUAAUUUGUAUAAUAUUUUUAUGAUUCGGUCAUACGUUCUAUGCUAUAAUAUCUUUUUUUAAUGACAUUUUGUAUAAUAUUGUACCCAUAUGACGACUGUGGUUAGGCAGCAUUGUGUACCAUUUAUUUAUAUUGUAGAACCACCGUGACGUCAUAGUGUGAGUGUCACUUAACACCGUGAGAUAUGCAAAACUUAAAUGGUUGCUCAGUUGAAAAUAUAAAUAACACCUAUAUAUAUUGUUAUACAUCUGGUUGUUACACAAUAUUGCAAAUAUUACUAGUAAAGAUUAACACAAAUAUUGUAUCACGUAAAAUCGCUUUACUCCCUAGGGGAAUAUAUAUCACCAAUACGUUGUGUAAUACUCAGUGUUUUGGCUUCGUUCCAAUAUUGCUGCCGUUUCUACAGUCGUCAUUAUCGGCCCGAACUUUGAUAUUAUUAUCAUUUGAAAUAUUACAGUAAUAUUGUAAAAAAUACAAUGUCGAAAUAAAGAUAUUACUUUGUGAA